AUUGUGUAGAAUACCAACGUGCUGCUAAAAUGGAAAUAGACAGUGAUAAAGUACUGCAGCACAUUCGGUGUUUGCGCGAGAAACAUGAUUGCAAAGAGCUGGAGCAGUUUUCGAGGUUAAGCAAACUAUCCUCGCCACAGAUGAAUGAAAUCUGCGAGGUUUUAGGUGUUUUGUUGGAAAAUCCACGCUACACAGAAGAGAUCGGGCGCCGGUUCCAGAAUCUGCUGCUGAUCAUAGUGACCGAUGUGUUUGAGGAACGGACAACGGCGGUGGCAACGGCGACGGGGAAGAAGAAAGCUACGGAAGUGCCUUCGGUGGAAAGUUGGGAAAGGUAUCGAAGAAAAUGUAUUGCACUCUCUAAGCUGAUCGUGCUCUGUCCAGACGUAUUGAGAUACUCGAUGCAUUUCUUUCGCAACAAUCCAGCACCAUUUGCCCAAACCGCGGAGGAACGUGACUAUAUACCGAAACCAAAACAACGGAAACAAGCAGCGAAACCGGUACCGACUGAUGCCACUGACAAUGAUCUAGAAUUGGUGCGCUGCUGCUACCGCUUUCUGUUGGCCGAUACGGUCUAUUAUCGAGGUGCAUGGGAUUGGUCGGCCUUCUUCGAUCGAUUUGACUGUAAAGGAUGUCCUCGCAAGCGUUACUACUGGAACCGGAUCGUAGCAAUCGUCACCGGAAUGGCACAAAGUGAACUGAAUCUACUCGACGAAGGCAUUCCCGUGGAGGUCAUACUGCAGGAGGCAGACCAUUGCAAUCCGGCAAUGGUCAGUAACGUGGAAGAGGUGGAUUCAUCGAUUGCACCAUCGGAAUGCACCGCAGGAAAACUAUUGUGGCACUACAAAAGCAACAUCAUCACAAACAUCGGUGAUGUGAUGUUGCCCAUUUUCGAUCGAGAAAAUUACGACUACUGGCAGCACGCGAGGAAGGAGGACACGCAUAAACUGUCCGAGUCUGAGUUGGUGGUAAGCUUGACUUCUACGAAGCUUAAUUUACGAAGCCUUGCCUUAGGCGUGUCCUCCGGAAAGGCUAUCUGUCUUUCUGGGCCGGUUGGGAGCGGUAAAACGUCGUUGGUCGAGUACCUGGCCAAAGCAACGGGACGCGUUCCACCGAAGGGCGAUGCUGCACUGCGUAAACGUAAAGCCCUGAAAGAAGAGCAAAGUAAGAAGCGGAAAAGUGCCACCAACGGCUCUAGUACAGCCGAACCGAUCGCUGCGGAACUCAGCGAAAUGAUCGAUGUAGAUGUAGACGAAAUACGGAAAAGCGGCGCCAAAAAUGGAUUCUUGCGGAUUCAACUUGGCGAUCAAACAGAUAGCAAAACGUUGCUCGGCCAAUACCGUUGCACGGACACACCGGGAGAGUUUGUGUGGCAACCGGGAGUACUAACGCAGGCCGUUAUGUACGGUUAUUGGCUCGUGCUGGAAGAUUUGGAUUCGGCCACGCAGGACGUGUGCACGGUACUGACGAAUCUGCUGGAGAACGAUCAUCUCAGCGUACCAGGCUUUCGAGAUUGUCUCCGGAUUGCUCCCGGCUUUCAACUGUUCGUUACACUACGCUCCGGAACAAAGACUGGCGCCUCGCAAGUCCACAGUAGCUCAACGUACAGCCUGCUGGAGAAGUAUCUCUAUACGGUCAACAUUGUGCCACUGUCGCGGAAAGAGUUGAGUGACAUCAUUUGCAUACGUUACCCAAAGCUGCGCACGGUGGCAAAUCGUAUCGUGGACAUUUAUUUGACCUUUUCCAGCGGAUGCCACACGGAGGAGGAUGAGCAAACUUUAAUCGACGAACAGUUGGAGAUCCUAGAGCCACAGAAGCAGAAAGGUGAACUAGAUUCGAUAGCAACGGGGCAGGAGGAUGCGUUGCCAAAGUUUCAAACGGUUAGCAACGAAAAGCUGGCUUUGCUGCCUAGUGCUGGUGCGAAUCGGCGUCUCGUAUCGACGCGCGAUCUGAUAAAGCUGUGUCGCCGCUCAGAUCCGUCGUUUUCGGCCACCAGCGCCGAGUGUGCGUACUUUGUGUUUCAAAACGCGGUCGAUGUGUUCUGUUCCCAUCUGGCCCAUGGUACCGCUCGAACCCAGCUAGUAACUGGAAUCGGUGGUAAGAUUGGCAUUCUACCGAGCCGCUGUGAACAUCUGUGCACCGAGUACAAGCCAACGGUCGAAGUGAGCGGUGCGAGCGAUAUUCGUGUUGGGCGAGUUGCGUUAAAGCGUAGCGCAACAUCAGCUGGCGAGGAAAACGAUGAAAAUGGUGCACCGGAUCUGGAAGAUGAGGAAGAGUUCGUGCACAAACGCCAGAAGCUCGAUCGUACGGCUUCGUCGCGAGUGAAAACGGUUCAACAUCGGGCUGGGUACGAUGAGCCUGCGCCAACGUUCUCGUUCACGCGACCUGCGGCAUGCCUGUUGGAACGGAUUGCUGUAGCGGUUUCCCAAAACGAACCCAUCUUGCUGGUCGGAGAAACGGGUGUCGGAAAGACCAGUUCGGUGCAGUAUCUUGCCUACCAGACGCACCAUAAGCUCGUGGUGGUUAACAUGAACAAUCAAUCGGACGUUUCAGAUCUGAUCGGUGGCUACAAACCGGUCGAUCUGGCGUUCGUGGUAACACCGUUACGAUACGAGUUUGAGCGACUGUUUCGGCGGACAUUCAAUGCGCAGAAGAAUGAAAAAUUCCUUGGUAAUGUGGCUCGUUGCUAUGGAGCCGGAGAGUUUGAUGUGCUGGUGAAGUUGAUGUUGAAAAUCGCUGAAAAAGCAUCCCAGAAGCAACCUGGUGUGGAUGCAACUGGCACGGACGGUGACCGUCUGAAAUGGAGUGCGUUGCAGGGGAAGUUGCGCAAGUUGGAUGCUCAGCUGAAGAACUCCAUCAAUGUCUCAUUUGCAUUCAUUCCCGGUUCGCUGGUGAAUUGUAUACGCAACGGUGACUGGGUACUGCUGGAUGAGAUCAAUCUUGCCUCCACGGAAACACUCGAGUGUCUCUCGACAAUUCUUGAGCCGGACGGUUCGAUAGUGCUCCUGGAACGGGGUGAUUUUGUGCCGGUAAAGCGACAUCCAAACUUCCGUAUCUUUGCCUGCAUGAACCCAAGCACGGACGUUGGCAAAAAGGAUCUUCCGGUCGGCAUACGGAAUCGGUUCACCGAAUAUUUUGUCGAUGAGUUGCUGGCAGAGAACGAUUUACUGAUUCUGGUCAACGAUUACCUAUCGUCGACCGGCAUCCCGAAGGUGCGCAUCAUGAACACAGUGAAGCUGUAUCGGCGUCUCCGUGCUAUGGCACAGCUGGAGCUCAACGAUGGACUCGGCAAUAGGCCCGUGUUUUCGUUGCGUACCCUUUGCCGUGCGCUAGCCAUUUGUGGCAAAAAUCUGUGCGGAUCAAUCGAUCGUAAUCUGUACGAGGCCUUCUGUAUCAGCUUCCUAACGCAGCUCGAUCUAAAAUCACACUCGAUCGUACUAAAGUGUAUCCAGAGUACGUUGCUACAAAAGGAGAGCGGUGGAGCGAUUGCAUUAAAUCAACCAGCCAUUCCACGACCAAAAGUUAACGCCGAGCUACAACUCAACUUCGAGGGUUACUGGAUCGAACAGGGUCCCCGUGAAGUGCAGGAAUGUGAGAGUUAUAUUCUUACGGACAGUGUGAGGAACAAUUUACGUGAUCUUGCGAGAAUUAUUUCGAUCGGAAGGCUGCCAGUGUUGCUGCAAGGGCCCACUUCCGCCGGAAAGACCAGUUUAAUCGAGUAUAUCGCGAAACGCAGCGGAAACGUGUGCCUGAGGAUCAACAAUCACGAGCACACGGAUUUGCAGGAGUACAUCGGUACGUACGUGGCGGAUCUCACCGGAAAGCUCACGUUCCGGGAGGGUGUGCUGGUGGAAGCGAUGCGAAAUGGACAUUGGAUCAUUCUGGAUGAGCUAAAUCUGGCACCGAGCGAUAUCCUGGAAGCGCUCAAUCGCGUACUGGACGACAAUCGGGAACUGUUCAUCCCCGAGACGCAGGUGGUGGUGAAAGCGCACCGAAACUUUAUGCUUUUCGCUACCCAAAACCCUCCAGGACUGUACGGUGGUCGUAAGAUGCUAUCUCGGGCGUUUAAAAAUCGCUUCAUCGAGCUACACUUCUCCGAUAUUCCGAAGCCGGAGCUGGAGGUGAUUCUCGAACGUCGCUGUCGCAUUCCUCGCUCGUACGCAGUAAAAAUGGUGAAAGUGAUGACGGAUUUGCAGCUCAAUCGACGCAGUACGACAACGAAACAAACGUUUACGCUUCGCGAUCUGUUUCGCUGGGGCAACCGGUACACGUACGCCGAUCCAAAGCUGCUCGAAGAUCGCAGCUAUGACUGGAAUCAGCAUCUGAUCGAUGAAGGUUACCUGGUCCUUUCGUCUAAGGUGCGCAACGCAUACGAAACGGAAAUCAUCCGCGAGGCCCUGUUCACCCACUUCCGGAAGCGAGUGGAAGAAGCGAAUCUGUUCAACCUGUCAGCCACAACGUCCAAAGUAACGAGCACAAUCUUGGAGCGUUUGAUGAAGGCAACGCAGGGUGGCGAUCAAGCGAAUAUCGUUUGGACGUUCGAUAUGCGCCGAAUGGCGGUAUUGACGGCUAAGGCCUUGCAGUUCGACGAGCCGGUGCUACUGGUGGGACCAACGGGUUGUGGUAAGACUACGGUCUGUCAGCUACUGGCGUCACUCGAGCACCGUAACCUACGCAUCCUGAACUGCCACAUGCACACUGAAGGUGCCGAUUUCCUCGGUGGAUUACGCCCAUACCGUGCGUCCGAUGAAUCGAAGGACCCGGCGAACGAUGACACACAGUCCCAGAGGCUAUUCGAAUGGUCCGAUGGGCCGCUGGUGUUGUCCAUGCAGGAAGGUGGCUUCUUCUUGGCCGAUGAAAUAUCGCUCGCAGAAGACUCGGUGCUGGAACGCUUGAACUGUGUGCUCGAACCGGAGCGGACACUGUUGCUGGCCGAGAAGGGUGGCGUUGCAGAAUCGAAUCAAGGGCAACCGGCGGAUGGAUUCGUUAUUACGGCACGUGAAGGCUUCCAGUUUCUGGCUACGAUGAACCCGGGUGGAGACUUUGGUAAAAAAGAACUGUCACCAGCACUGCGUAAUCGAUUGACUGAGAUCUGGUGUCGAGCGACGGAUGCUGAGGACGAUUUAACACGGAUAGCGGAGAAUACGCUGCGCCGGCUUGUGGUGGCCAGCGAGGAACUAAACUGGAACGCCAGCGUUGCGAGUGGUUCAAAGUUCGAGCCAAUCGCACGCGUCAUCAUCAAAGUGGUAGCCAUUUUGAAGCGAUCGAUCGAGAAGCUUAAUUUCAGUAUCCGCGAUGUACUGGCUUGGGUGGCGUUUGUGGCCAAGAAUGGACCCCGCGUGGGACUGCCGGAAGCACUGAUCUACGGGCUCGAGACGGUCUUCCUCGAUUCGCUGGAAAUGUUACCGUACGAGACGUACGAAGAGAUCGUUACGAUUCGACGACAAAUGCGACGGUCGUUGAUGGGCCAAAUGAAGCAGCAGCUGAGCUGGGAUGGCAAGAUUAAUCUUGCCACCAUUGAUUACGAUCACACCAAGGCAGGUGUCGUGAUCGAGCGAACGGAAGAUCGUUUCGGGAUACAUCCAUUCUACAUUGAGCUAGAACGGACAGCGAACCAGCAAUCGUUAGUGGACAGUCGAUCGGAUUUCAUGUUCACCGCGCCAACCACCCAGCGCAAUCUGUUCCGGCUGCUGUCCGCAUUGAGUCUGGAGAAAGCGAUCCUGCUGGAAGGUCCACCGGGUGUGGGCAAAACCUCGCUCAUCGAGUCUCUUGCUCGUACCAUCGGUUACGAUUUCGUGCGCAUCAAUCUCUGCGAGCACACCGACUUGGCCGAUCUCUUCGGUACCGAUCUACCUGCUGACGAUCGCUCGCUUGAGAUGGCUGACGCGAGCGGAGAGAAACAACUGGAGACGAAUGGUAAUGGAUCAAAUCGACCUACACUUGGUUCAUUCGUGUGGCGUGAUGGACCACUGUUGGCGGCUUUGAAGGCUCGUCGCCACACCUGGAUUCUUCUGGAUGAGCUAAACCUUGCCCCGCAAAGUGUACUGGAGGGUUUGAACGCGAUCCUUGAUCACCGAGGCGAGGUAUUCAUCGCCGAGCUAAACAAAACGUUCCGGCUAGGCGCUAGGACGCGUAUCUUUGCGGCACAAAACCCACUGCGACAAGGUGGCGGAAGGAAGGGGCUACCACAGUCGUUCCUCAAUCGUUUCACGAAGGUUUACCUACGGAAAUUGGAACAACGUGAUCUGCUGCACGUGGUCGAUGGUAAAUACAAAGAGCGAUUCCAGCUGCUCGGUCAGCAACUUAUCGGUGAUGCUAUGGAUGCGUCUUCAUCAUCAUCGAGCAGUUAUUUCGAGACAACAGCAACUCCGUCCCCUGGUUUGAAGUUCGAUCUGGCCAAACGAAUGGUACGCUUCUCGGAGCGCAUAGAGCAAGGACUCGCGAACCUAGAGUUCGGCUACAAGGGUGGUCCCUUUGAGGCGAAUCUGCGUGACAUUUUGCGAUGGUGCGAGUUGCUGUUCAGUGAAAGCUGCGGAUAUACCGUGCGUCAAUCAACCCAGGGGCCUGGGGAUCGCAAAAACGAGCUGCUGCUUGUGUUGUUCGAGAAGAUGAAGCUAGUCUACUAUCAGAGGAUGCGUGCCGAGCUAGACAAACGAUACCUCGUGACGACAUUCUCGGAAGUGUUCCACUGUGACGGUCAUGAGCUGGACAGCAUUUCGCAAGAUGUCGGCCUGUACUGGACGGAUGAUCGAGUGUAUCUUGGUGAUGUGGUGCUGAAAAAGGGACAUUCCGUUGAGCUACCGGUGCAACAGCAAACCAUAGCUGUCGGUGGUCCAUCGGCUGGCAACUCAACGCUCGUGCUCUCGAGCCAACUGGAGCAGCUUAAGAGCUUGACCGAGUGUGUGUUGCUCGAGAAACCGGUGAUACUGUGCGGACCGAGUGAUUGUGGUAAAACGAAGCUGAUCAAUCUGCACGCGACGCUGGCCGAUGUGCACUGUCAGGUUGAUACGAUUGAUGAUUCGGUUACGGGAAGCUUCCAGCAAUUCGAUUUUAAUCGCCACCUGGAGGAGGUUGGUUCGCUGGUCGAAAUGCUGGUGCGUCGAACGGCAAAGGAAUCAGUGCUGCGAUCAACGGCCGAAGGCAAGAACGUUCCAGAAUUGCUCGCGUUGUUACAAUCUUUGGAAAAGUAUGAGCGUCUUAGCGAGGGAGCUAUUGCCUUUGCAACCAACAUUGCCGGAUCGGAACAAUCAGGUGAGAUGAUCAUCUUCCGCAAACGACUAGCGGCUCUGCAGAACGUAAUCAACACGCUCCUGAGGGCCGACGACCGACAGUCGCCGGACAUGCCUGCGACACAUCAACGGUUGAAUGGAAUGCUACGAGUGCUGGGCAAGCUGGACAUUUUGUCUCGUCAGGUGCAAACCCUCAACACCGGUGGCCACUUUGAGUGGGUCGAUUCGAAGGUGGUAAAGAGCAUCCGCAACGGACAGCACAUUUGUCUCGAGCACGUGAACCUUUGCUCGUCUGCAGUGCUCGAUCGAUUGAAUCCGGUGUUUGAGCCGAAUGGUACGUUGCUAAUUUCGGAGAAAGGUUCCAUCGGCGGAUCGGCAGACGGUGCUGGUGAAGAGGAAUCGGAAACGGAGCUCGUGCGUAGACACCGCUACUUCCAAGCGUUCCUUACCCUCGAUCCCAGGAACGGGGAAAUCUCUCGAGCGAUGCGUAACCGUUGCGUUGAGCUAGCGUUCGAAAGUCGUGACGCGUACCGUGAGGAUGAUCUGCGAAAGUUGAUCUUUGCCGGAGGAAUCCAUGAACCGUAUCUGAUCGAGGCCUGCCUUGAUAUACACCGUGAGCUACGCGUGGGAUCGCAACUGGAUCAAUCGUUUUGUCCAUUCGGAGUGGCACAUCUGGUGCGGUUGGCAAAGCUAGUGGCGCAGAACAUCCGUAAGCAGGGCGCAGGGCGAAGCAUCGAGUGUCUGAAGCUCAGUGCUGUGGACGUUUACGUACGAUCUUCGAACGUGGAUCUGCUUGGCUUUGGACUGGAGUACUACCGCAACUCGCUGAAGGAAACGAUCGAGAAAGUGAUCGCAUCCGUCAUCGUUCGCCGGAGUGUGGCGCGUCUCGAUAACAUGACGCUACGAGCGAACGAUUUAACGAAAAUGACGCGCAUCAGGCUGCAGGCGGAACCGUUUCUCGCUUUGCUCCGUGGCUUUGGAGAAGGAAUCGAUAGUCAGCGGGUAUUGGCCGACCUUUCGCCACGAUUCGCCUCCAAAGGUAUUACGGUUAGUGAGGGCACAUUGAAGUACUUGUUGUACUUCCUCUACGAAAUCAGUACGGUGGACGAUGUGAGGAUGCGUGCUGCAUACCUUCAAAAGGCGAUCGAGGAAUUGAAAAUGGUCGAACCGAUUCAGCCGUGCAUGCAACCUGUGCCCGUUAGCAAGAAGCACAAGCUGCAAAUGGAUACAGUGGAUGUAAAGGAUGCAGCAGGGAAGCUUUGGAACAAUGCAGCACCAACUGAGCUAGCUGCUAUUCAUGUGUUUGCUAACAAAAGUCAAGACGAAGAUCGGCAUAUUAAACAGGAACUGACGGCAGUGGAGAAGCAAGACCAGGUGGUGAAUCGUUCGGCCGACAUAAACACCGUUGUUAAUCGCUUACGAGAGCUAAACAAAUCGCUCUACAGCAUCAUUCAACAUCUCGCACAAGAUAAAUCAGCGGAGGCCAAUAAUGACCUGCCAUGGAGUCGUACAUUGUUUCCACGGAUUCGUGAUUACCCGACCGAAUGUAGCGUGGAUAGUCGCGUAGUGAGCUCGCAGUUACUUCUUCACUCCAUUCUUGAUCCGAUCGUGGCUGAACCAAUCACUAAGUUGAGCCAAAUCGAUCUACUAUCCUACUCGAAGUCCGUCAAGGAGGAGCUUAUCAACGAUGGAAUCGGUAAUGGAUUGCUGCUCCGAUUGUACGAGUUCCUCACUGGUUACCGGGCAAUGGUGGAGCGCACGUUACGCGUACUGGCAAUGAACGAUACACUGUACGUUAGAUUGAUCAUCUCGAAUCUCUGGGUGAACCGACUGAUCGUAUUGUCCCACGAGAAAAUGUACGAGCACAAGGAACUGAAGGCCGGAUUGCUAGAUAGUCUGACGCUACACUUCCAGUGGAUCGAGAAGCACUGUUUGCGUUUGCUAGCGCAAGAUGGUACGGCAAAGGAACACAAUGGUGAUCUUCAUGAAGCCCUUCGCCAAUCGAUUAGCGACCUUAGCCAUCCGCUAACGGCGGUGCGGAAGGCGUAUGGUAAAGCCUGCCUGGAAUAUCUCCCUCUCUACACCACUGAGCAGAUCGCCGAGUUCACAAAGCUAAACGAACUGGAUGCAACACUGAGGUUAACACCGAAACUUGGCAAACGUCACCCGUACGGUGAGUUUCUGCAUCGCGUUGCCUUGUUACAGGACUAUCGAACGAUCGAUCUGAAACGGCAGCUAGUUGCCCAGCUGGCAACAAAAUGGAAUCGCCUGUCAGCAUCAGGGAUCUGCGAUCAACAGGCCGAUGGUCCGCUGGAAGGACUGCCGAACGUAGACUCGUUGAGAACUUUCUACCACCAAACGAUGCAUCGCAGCACGAUGAUGAUGAAAAGCGACGGAUGUGAGACGCAGGUAGCGAGUGUGAUCGAACCGUUCUUGGCAUUCGCAAAAUCUCUUCCACAACCGGAAUCGCUUCCAACGAAAGCGAGCAAGUUCGAUCUGGAAUGUCUGCCCGUGUUGGAAUAUUUCCUGCACAAAACACUAGUUGCAUCGCGAGUAGCAGACACGAAGCGGAAUGCCAGUGGUAUCGAGUCGUUGAUUCGAAUGGAUUUUGUGCUUACUAUACGAUCGCUUGGACUUGAUGCCUUGAUGGCGGUCAAGAAACUUACGGGAGCUGAGCAUCGUGUAGCACUGCAGGCAUACGCCGAGCUGCAUCAGCUAGUUGGACGAGCAGAAGAAGAAGAAGCAUUUUCGGAAUUGCUACAAACCAUACCGCUACAACUUUACCGCAGUCUCAGCUCAUACUGGCAUCAGUUCCUCAGUUCUCUCGAGCGUCUAGAGCUUAACUCUCUGGCUUUACAACGAAACGUCUGUCAGGGAAUCGAAUCAGGAGCCACAUACGAUGAACAACAGCUAAAUGCUGAUGAUAGUACGAUGAUGUCCAGCAACAGCUUCCAUGGUGCUCUCCUGACAUUGAACAGUUUGGCCGUGCUGUUGAACGAUGGUUCUGGAGCGUUCCGUGUUACCGGAUUCGGAGAGCUUCCGGAAUGGCGCCGCACACUUCGCACGCUCGGAUCCAUGCUCUGGUGUAACUCACGGGCGUUGGCAGACAGCUAUCAGGUGGAACGGGCAGCAUUGAACGUGGCUAGUAGCAGCGCAGCCAAGCUACUGAAGGAACUCGAUGUGAUCGUGAGUCGAUCGUCGAUCGAUCAAUUCGGAGAGAGCAGUGACCGGCAUCCGUUCGUUAAAGACUUUCUGUCACUGGAACAGAUGCUGCGACAGUAUCUGUAUCCUGGCCAGCUGGCAGAAGAAGAGUCUGACCAUGAUCGUGAUCAUUGCUGGAGGAAAGCGUCGAUGCUACGAGCUCUAACCGGAGUACUGGAGCUCAAUGUGUACGUGUUUCUACCGCUGCUAGAUCCAGUGGAGAAGAAUCGACUCAAGCAACGCUACCUGGAUGAGGACAUUGAUCUGUUGAGAGCACUCGUUCGCACGUACGAUUGCAUGGCCAUCACGAUGGACUAUCAACGAUUAGGGGAACACAAUCGUCGUCUUUUCACGGAUGAAAUCGAGCGAUUGCAUGGUAAGCAAGCGCAACUAACUCGCAAGGUUGCACUUCGUCCAGAGGAUGGUAGUGGCGCUCGGUACGCGGAGCUAGUCCGGGAUGUGAACAACUUCCUACUGUCUUGCUGUCAUCCGGCCACAAUCGGAACGCUGCUCAAAUCUAUCAACCAAUGCCUGGAUUACCAGUUGGACACGCGAAACCCGGGGGCGUCUAACAAUCGCACCCACACGCCAGCGUUUAUGCAGAAGGUCAGUGAGCUCAUCACGCAGAUCGAUCUUUGGAUCGACAUUGCGAACCAGUUCGAACAUCACACACUGAAACGCUUCGAGACACACUAUCGUGACUUCCUAGCGCCGCUCUGUAACUCGAUCGUAACGCUGCGUUACGGGCUGGUCGGACUGCGUCAUUGUUUGGCCGCUCGUAAGGUGACGAUCGGGCAGAAACCGAACGGACGGUUCUACGAUCUAGAUGAGAAUCGAGCGUUGCGUAAGAUUGCGGUCAAGUUUGUGCAAUUCCCCUGCAUCAAACCGCUUGAUCUGUUUGACGAUCGUCAUAAGGUGAACAUCUACACGGUGCUGGAGAAGUUGGCCCAUCCGGAGCAGAGUUACUUCCGGCUGCUGAAGGCACGAUUGCAGGAGGUAGCUAAUCGCAUUCGCGUCGAACGGUUCCUCGGGGCGCAUUCAUUCGCCGAGCUCGAUCAAAUCGUGAACGUGUGCAAUCAGGUGUGGCAGAAGCAGGAGCUGGUGCGCCGGCAGCGACAGGCCGAGGAGGAUAGUCUCUAUCAAACCAAGUCACACUGUGAAGAGGAAGAUGAGGAGGUGGUGGCACGGCGUGAGAUACACGAACUGUUUCCGAGCUACGUCGACGAAGACUUUACCGAGUUCAUCCAGAACGAUACGCUGGAACAGGUGAUCAAGCCGAUCAAGUCGGAUGGUAAAGCAUCCAAAAAUGCGUCAGAUACGAUAGGUGAUGAGGAUUAUAAACUAAUUUGCGAGAGCUUUAUCGAGCUGAUGGCGAAACAUUCCCGAUCGGCUCAUUAUCACCCUGAACUGCCUGCAGCACUGGAUACCUCUGCGGGCACUACUGUCGGUGCUCGUCAGGAAGCCUCACAUCGGCUGCAGGCGAUCGACUUUGUGCAACCAUUUGAAACGAAGCUAAGCAUAUUCUAUCAGCUGGUACAAAAGUACGAGCCAUACGUAGACAGUGAGUUCGAUGAAGUGGCGUACGGUGCGCUGAGCUUGGCCAUCGGUCUGCUGCAGGAGAAAUACGACGAUCAGCAGCAGCAGCAACAAGUGGUGGUGGGUCGUCUCGAGCGCAAGGGAACGAAAACAUCGCCAACGGUAUCGCAGCAGACCAACUACAACUUCUACAGUGACGCCAACAUUCCGGAAGUACUGCAGUGUGUCGGCGUGCUGGAGAAGAUCGAAGAACGGGUGCGGCAACUGCUGAGUGAGUGGCCUGAUCAUGCGGUGCUGAAGGAUAUUCUACUGAUCAUUGAGCGCAUCCAGAAGCUACCGGCAACGGCACCGAUUGUUCGGUUCAGCACCGGAUUGCAAUUACUCCGGCAGAAGCUGGACGAAUGGAAUGCCGUCGCUCACAAGGGCAACAAUGUGCGCGACCUGGAGCGCGAUGUGGUCGAUCACAUUCACCGUUGGAUGCGUAUGGAGCUGCAGUACUGGCGGGAUUGUAUGUCUCGCACGCAAGAACGAGUCCGC